AUGUCGACUCACCAACUAAUUAUUGGCAAAUUACUCCUGUUCUUUCUUCUCCUUUGCCUCCUCCACCUCCAGGACGUGCUUCUUAUCGAAGAAACAGGAACAAUGCUGCUCGAACUUCUGCCCAGGAAAAAGGAAAGGAGCCAAUGGAUUCAUUCCAGAUCCCAGACUUAUCUCAGGAGAAUGCAAGAUCAAGCCAGACUCAAAGAAGGAGUUUUUACGAUGAUUAUGGCAAUCCGGAUCCCUACAAUAUCGGAUCUAGGAAUGUUAACUCUGAAGAACCGCCUGACUUGUUUACUAUUUUGCAGAAUCUUGAUAAGACAAUUAAGACUGAUCAAGAAUAUAAUCAGGCACAAUUCAAAAUUCUUGAGUCAAGGACUUUUGAAAACAGACCACCGAUGACUCCUAGGAAUUUGUUUUCAACGACUCCAACUGCUCCUGAGUCUGCUCCUAUUAAUACGUCGAUGCAAACUGCGACUCCUAAUUUUGGGAGUAAUAUUCCGCAAAACACUCAUGUUGCUGGAACAUCGGCCACCAUGAGUGCAGGUUUGAACAAUUCUAAUAAUUUUGCUGGAUCUUUUGCUUUUACUAAUCCAUCGCAGGGACAAGGAGUAAAUGAUUACAUCGCUAGAGAAUUUCAGAAGAUUAAAGACAUGAUUUCGAGUGUUCCUGGAUUUUGCAAUCCAAUUCCUGAAGUCAACCCUGCGUCCUAUCUAAUCAACAGAUAUGGCGACAGGAUUGCGAACGUAAAAAUCCCGAAGAAAUUCCAAGUUCCAAAUAUGAAACCAUAUGAUGGAACCACUGACCCACAGGAGCAUAUUGCGCUGUAUCUGGAGAAAAUGGAAACGGUGCCGAUUCCAUCAAAUUUGAAAGAAGCUUGCUUAUGCAGAAGCUUUGGAUCGACACUAUCUGGAUUAGCAUUAAAAUGGCUACAGAGUUUGCCUCCUCUAUUUAUUAAUUCUUUCGCUAAUUUAACAAAUUUAUUUUAUAGUCAAUUUUCAUGCAGUAGGACUUUUGAGAAAUUGACUGAUGAUCUAUAUAAAAUAAUUCAAAAACCGCAUGAAUCACUUAGAGAUUUUAUGACUAGAUUUACAAAAGAAUCUCUUAAUAUUCCUAAAUUAGAUAUGUUGACCACUAUUCAAGCUUUGCAGAGAGGUCUCCAUAAAGGAUCUAAAUUCCAGGAAGAUCUCAUAAUGACGCCAUGCAGAAAUUUAGAUGAAGCAAAAGCAAGGGCAGCAAGAUUUAUAAGGCUCGAAGAAAAUGAACUUACAACUUCAAAAUUAGAUGCCUUAUCAUAUGAUCGUCCAAAUCGGAAGACAGAAACCCUGGUGUUUAAACCGAGACACAAACCUUACUCAAGACAUGUAGAUGAUCAAGUCAAUGUCGUUGAAGAAGAUGACGGGGUCGAAUAUCCAACUUUGGCAUCAUACUGUUUCUCUGGAGGAACUCCUGGCAUUAAAAUGGCGCUUAGAGAUCUUGGAGACAAGGUGAGAUGGCCUCAGAAGAAAAAUGACGGAUACUUCAAGAAGAAAGAUCCUAGCCAGUGGUGUGCUUAUCAUGAAGACUUUGGCCAUAUCACCGAAGAUUGCAAGAUGUUAAGAAGAGAAAUAUCCACUUUAUUAGCAAAAGGAUAUUUUACAGAACUCCGUGGAAGGAAGAAGGCCAAGGAUAUUGAAGGCUUGGACUUUUCCAAACCAAAAUCAACACAAAAAGCAGAUUCCCCACCAGCGAAUGCAAUAGUAAUUAAUACCAUCUCUGGGGGAUCGGAAGUGUGUGGGACAACAUAUUCAGCAGCAAAAAGACUUGCAAAGCAAAGCAAAGCAGAUAAAGAAGAAAGAAGUGUGAAGAAAGCAUCAAUUUCGGACUCAGACAUUAUCUCCUUUGAAGAAGAUUUUGAUGAUAUCAUGGAACCUCAUCAUGAUGGGCUGGAUUUUGAUAGAUAA